UAUAGCAAAUCGUGAUUCUUGAUAGAGCGUGUAAGGGAUUUCUCUUGAAAUUGUGUUCUUCUACAGUCACUAAGUGAUCCAUAUGAACCCUCCUGCUUCAAGCCAAAGCGAAAAAGUAUAUACGUGUUGGUUCUGCUCUAGGAUAAUGGCAGGAAAAGUAAAAUGGGUAACUGACAUAGAAAAAUCUGUUCUAAUAAACAACUUUGAAAAAAGAGGCUGGAUUCAGGUGGCAGAAAAUGAAGACUGGAAUUUUUAUUGGAUGAGUGUACAAACAAUCAGAAAUGUUUUCAGUGUAGAAACUGGUUACCGCCUCUCUGAUGACCAAAUUGUCAAUCAUUUCCCAAACCACUAUGAGCUGACCAGAAAAGAUUUGAUGGUAAAGAAUAUCAAGCGAUACAGGAAAGAACUUGAGAAAGAAGGAAGUCCUCUUGCAGAAAAGGAUGAAAAUGGGAAAUAUAUUUAUUUGGAUUUUGUUCCUGUUACUUUUAUGCUUCCUGCCGAUUAUAAUCUCUUUGUUGAAGAAUUCAGAAAAAAUCCCUCCAGCACUUGGAUUAUGAAACCUUGUGGCAAAGCUCAAGGAAAAGGAAUAUUUCUGAUCAAUAAACUCUCCCAAAUUAAAAAAUGGUCUCGAGAUAGCAAAACAUCUUCGUUUGUAUCUCAGUCUUCCAAAGAAGCCUAUGUGAUUUCUCUCUAUAUCAACAAUCCAUUACUUAUUGGUGGAAAGAAAUUUGAUCUUCGUCUGUAUGUUUUAGUAUCUACGUAUCGUCCACUGAGAUGUUACAUGUAUAAACUUGGAUUUUGCCGAUUUUGCACAGUAAAAUAUACACCAAGUACAAGUGAAUUGGAUAACAUGUUUGUACAUCUUACAAAUGUUGCCAUUCAGAAACAUGGGGAUGAUUACAAUCAUAUCCAUGGAGGCAAAUGGACAGUGAGUAACUUACGCCUGUAUCUGGAGAGCACCCGUGGAAAGGAAGUCACAAACAAAUUAUUUGAUGAAAUUCACUGGAUAAUUGUGCAGUCACUGAAGGCUGUUGCGCCUGUAAUGAAUAAUGAUAAACACUGCUUUGAGUGUUAUGGAUAUGACAUUAUCAUUGAUGACAAGCUUAAACCAUGGCUAAUUGAGGUUAAUGCUUCUCCUUCUCUUACCUCCAGUACUGCUAAUGACCGCAUCUUGAAGUAUAACCUUAUUAAUGACACACUUAACAUUGCUGUGCCUAAUGGGGAGAUUCCAGACUGUAAAUGGAAUAAAUCUCCACCAAAAGAGGUUCUUGGCAAUUAUGAAGUCUUAUAUGAUGAGGAGAUGGCGCAAAGUGAUGGGUCUGAUCGUGACUUGCGAAGUCGUUCUGGGCAAUCCACUGGAUUAAAAGGAAAUCGUGCAAGAGAUUCAGGGAAACCUGUACUAACCACCUGGAAGUGAUAACAGAAAAAACAGCUGCACUCUUGGUAGGAAGGUAUCACGAACAAAAAUGCUGGUUUUGAACUGAUUCCUCUAAUUUGCUAUGUUGCAUGUGGGAAAUAUUAAAAGAGGACAAUACAGCCUUUGAAAAGAUGUGAAACAAACACUCAAAAACUAGGAACUGUACUAGACAUACACUGAAUUGAUGAUUAUUACAAUAAUAUACAUAUAUAUAGUAUGUAUGUACAUAUAAUUAUUAUAUAUAUAUACACUUUGUAUAAGCUGAUAUUCUCUCAGUAAUGAUUAAGAACUUCCUUUAUAAAGAUGACAAUUCAAAUUAUGCAUUCUGAAAGAAGCCCCUUGCUGUUCUGGAUAGAAUUUAUUUCCUAUAGUAGUCUGUCCCUAGCUCCCUGUAAUAAAUGAGCUGUGUAUUCUGUAAAAGGGUGGUAGUGCUGAGUGUUCAUAUUGUCACAAUGAUGCUUUGGAUUCUUGCUAGUAAGAGAAGAGCAACUAGAAAAAAUAGCAAUACAUAGACUUCAGGCUGUCAGUUAAUGCAGCUAAUGAUUUGUGACUAGUAUUAAGAAAUUGAAAAUCAGCUCUUUAUAUGCUGAGAUUGUUGGGGUUUUUUAUUUCCUUUAAGGUUUUUGAGCUGCUCACACUUUAAAGGAAGAAAGUUUCAUGGAAUGAGGGAGUGUUUCAAGUAGUAUAUUGAUGCAUUAUUUCACUAGCCGUUAGUUUUUAUUUCAAGAUAAUGCAUGUCUGUGGAAAAACAGAUAGGACAACUACAUACUGUAAUAAAUCUCAUUGCUUGAAGCCGAUGAUAAAUCCUUAGUUGCAUCAGAAUCUCUUUCUGUAUUUAUGCAUGUAUAUAACUACAUUAUCUGUAUAUUUUUUUAAAUUUUAUGUGCACUAUAACAAAAAUAUUACUGCGUGUGGUGAGCUAUUUCUGGUAGCUUUGAUAACAAAAGUUGUGAUGAUUAGCUACCAAAAUGUACAGAGCAAAAGUUAAAAAUAGGUAUUUCAGUCUUCUAACAACAUGGCAUAUAAAUAAACUAGUUUGGUCUGUGA